AUAUAUAUUUCAUACACCUUCACACUUCUCUAUAUUGCUUCCAAUUUCAUUGUUCUUGAUUUGUCUCCAAUAUUAUAUACAUAGAGAACGAUGAAAGGGGUAUGGAAUGGAGUACAUGGUUUGAAACCAGUGAUUCUUAUGGUGUUGGUUCAAAUUGCAUAUGCUGCUGUCAAUGUGCUUUACAAACUUGCCAUCAAUGAUGGAAUGACUGUUAAAGUUGCCACUGCUUACCGUCUUGCUUUUGGUUCUGCUUUCACCGUUCCCCUUGCUCUCAUUUCUGAAAGGAAUAAGAGGCCAAAGCUGACUUGGAGGGUACUUUUCAUGGCAUUUCUUUGUGGCUUGUUUGGGGGAAGUUUAUUUCAAAACCUUUUCUAUGAGGCCUUGGCUUUAACAUCAGCAACAUUUGCAUCAGCAAUCUACAACCUGAUUCCAGCCAUCACCUUUAUCAUGGCCAUCUCAUGCGGUUUCGAAAGAUUAAAUUUGAGGGCAGCAGCUGGAAAGGCCAAAGUGUUAGGAACAUUGAUUGGAAUUGGUGGGGCAAUGAUGUUGAUAUUUCUCAAAGGUUUAGAAAUUAAUAUCUGGCCAUUCCACAUAAACCUUAUGCAUCCACAUCAUCAACACCAAAAUAGCCACGUGGCAUCAGUUCAUGCUGACUUUGGUAGUAAAUGGUUGGGUGUUCUGUGUGCAGUGGCAAGUUGCUUCUCUUUUGCUUUAUGGCUCAUUAUUCAGGCUAAGAUGAGCAAAGAAUAUCCAAGUCAUUACUCAAGUACAGCUUUAAUGUCUACAAUGGGAGCAAUACAAGCCACUGCUUUUGGUCUUUGUGUUGAAAGAGAUUGGAGCCAAUGGAAGUUGGGUUGGAAUAUCAGGCUACUAGCCGUUGCUUACUCGGGGGUUGUUGCCUCUGGAUUAGUGGUUAUUGUGACUUCGUGGUGCAUAAAGAUGAGGGGACCUUUAUUUGCAUCUGUCUUCAACCCUCUAAUGUUAUUAUUUGUGACUAUUGUCGCUUCUUUGAUGUUGGACGAAAAAUUAUACUUAGGAAGUGCAAUUGGAGCAGUGCUGAUUGUGUGUGGGUUGUACAUGGUUUUGUGGGGUAAGAGUAAAGAGAUGAAAAGGAUUGCUCAGUUGGUGCCAUCAAAAAACACUCAAGAAGCUGAAGCUAUACAAGUUGUUGUUAUGUCGACACCAAUGGUAGAUGAUCAUGAUAAAUUACAUGUUGAUAAUUUGUCAAAAAAUGGAGAAAUUAAUAGUAUUGGGGGUGCAGAGGUAGUAAAAUGAUCUACUACUUAAUGUGUUUAAUAUAUUUUAUUGAAGUGCACCGGACGAAAUGAAGUUGCAGAGAGCAUUUUUUUAACAGUACAGAUUAGUUUAAUUUGUUCGCUAAUGCUUUUGUCUUUAAUUAUUUCUUUCAAUAUCCUAGUCAACUAAUGAACUACAUGUACAAUCUACAGAUUUCAAUUGUAUUUUUCUUCUUCUAAGGGUGAUGGAUUCGAAAAUGUAAAAGAAAAAAAAAAGGCUAAAUUAUUCGUUCACAUCAAUGGUCUCUUAUUUUUCUUA